AUGAUUAUCUUCAAAAACCACCGGCUGCGAGUGGGUUACCGCAAAGAGGACUGGCAUGAUGUCUGGUAUGCGCCAGCUGCCCAUUACGAGCCGGACGAUGAUGAUUACAGUGAAUUUGAGCUGUACAAAUCUCCGUAUGGAGGCCGCACGGCCAACGAACCCACCGAGGGUGAAGUCGUCUGGAUCGGCAACUUCGACAUCAAGCAGUGCGAGAGUAGCGACAGAAAGGAGCGGAUGCGCAAGCACCGCAUCACUCUGUAUCGCGCCUGGAAAUACUGCGAUGAGACGGACCCCGAGCAAGUUCGUCGGCUGGAAGAAGAGCUGAACCAGCCCGACUGCAGAAGAUGGCAGUCUUGGUUUACGCACGCGAAGAAGUGGAAGCGGACGAAGCUGCAGAGUCGCAAGCGCAAGAGGAACGAUCUGGUGAACAGUGAGCCCGUUCAAGCGGUUCUUGCGAGUGGCACCCUUUUAUCCGAAGUCGACAUCACUUCUGACAGUGAAGAUUCCGCGUAUGGAAGUGAGGCAGAGCGGGAGAUGGCAGAGGAGCGGCGCAAGAAAGGUCUUUCCAUGCCGCCGCCGCCUCGACCAAAGCGCAGACGAGGUAGAGGCAGAGGCAAGUUUUCGCGGAAGUCUCGUAAAGGCGGCGGCGGCGACGACGACAGGGCAAACGACAACGAGGACGACUUUCCACCGCUAAUGAGCGGCGGCCUGGGCGACCUAGACAGAUCUUGGACUCCGCGAUAUAAUGAACCCAAUGGACUGGGCUUCAUCAUGAAUGUCCCAGAUGAAGCCGAUCCGACCAAGAGCGCUCGCUUGAAAAGUACAAUCAAAGCUGGGAAAAAGAAGUAUCAGGCUACCACUAUCGAAGGUUACCUGAACGAUAAUAGCGACCUCAAUGUUCACGACUGGGAGCCUGACGACGAAAACUCCAACAGUAUGAGCGCUAGCCAAUUCGACGCUCGCCCUCCCGAAGGUCCACCGGAUCUUCCUGCUUAUGAUUUCCCGCCAACUCCACAAGCGAGCCAGCGGACGAUAGAUCUCGGCCGUAAUAUCAGCGGCAUGGCAGCGCGCAACCGAGCUGCCGCAGAGCAGGCUGCACGGAGUAGUCUCUCCGACCAUGGUGUCGCGCUACGGCGAGGUUCGAGAAGUGAGUCGUCGUCGAACGCUGGAGUUGGUGAUGUUGGUGUAAACCCUGCAGUCGGACGCGACAGUCGCUCCGGCUCUCACCGCGAAGGCUCUGUGAUGGACCAGCGCGAUCGGGACAAUGCUGGUCUGGAUGAUGAUGUCGCUCUUGCGAGAGCCUUGAGACUUUCGGAGAGACCUGGAGAGGAUGGAUACGACGAGGGCCCGGAGGAGAAUUACGAGGAGAAUUACGAGGAGAACGCUGAGCACGAUGAGAGCGCUGAGCACGAUGAGAACGACGGCAAUGAUGAUAAUGACGACGGCGACGAGAACGACCGCAUUAGACGUGAGAGGAGAUCUAGCCUGGCUCGUGGCGAUGGAGAUGCGGUUCUUGACAGAGAGUAG